ACAGUGUAGUAAAUGAAGACGGAGACUGUGUGUGCACGCCAGCAAAAGGGCGAAAUAGAAGUGAAAUAACAAAAAGGAAAAAAAAAACAAAAUAUGGAAACUGAAAUGAAGUAAAAAAUUUGCUCGCAAGUGAAAAAUCGAAUUCAACUCAUCACAUGAACAAUGCGGCGCUUGUUUAAACCUGCAUUUGCUCAUUUCUUUGCGCUAAUGCGGUGCCAUAGAAAAGAAAAUAAUUAAUGAGUCGUGAACAACGUGUAAAUACUAUACGGAAUCGAAUCGUUUUGCCGCUGUGUGGGUGGGUGCGUGCUUUAACUCGUAACAGCGAAUAAAUCAUCAAAUGUCAAAUGUCAAUUAAAGCCGAAUAAUUUAUCGAUGUACUAUCAGUUGCGGCAAAUAUAGUUCGCUAGGUUUGACGUACUCAAUUUUCAUCAAAAUGUGCUGCCAUCAACUGGAAUGAGCAAUCAAAGAGGAUAAUGAGUGAAAGUGCAAAAAUAGCAGGGAAAGUGGAGAAAAUAUCUUUUCCAAUUUCUGAAUAAAUGUUAUUAAAAUGGAUUCUAAAAUAUAUAAAACUUCUAAGCUAAAUAUUUGAAUUCGGUUAAAAACCACUAAUGUCCAACGUUACUAAAAAAUUAAUAAAUUAAAAUUGAAAUUUAAAACUUAGAAAUCCAAACAUUGCAUCCAAUACAACCUCAAAAAAUGUGCUACAAAUUUUAAAACUAAAAAUAGCCUACUGAACAAAUUUCCGACUGAAAACACAUUUAAGCUAACGGCAAUAAAAUUGCAACAAAAAAAAUACAAUCGAAUAUCAAAUCACCAGUGGAUACCCAAAAAGAGCCGUUUCCCCAGCAGCCGUCAUCAGCGUCGCCAAGCAGCUGCAACAGAGGACAAAUCUGCCUUGUAGACAAAAAAUUUUCCCUACCAACGAAAAUUUGAUAUCAAAUUCACUACCUCGCUCUGCCCCGUUGUCUGCACAAUUCGUCACAGCCGCAAACAACAUGGAUUUUGAGCUCUUGCUCUGCUUUAUUCUGCUAAUCGCGGAUUUCCACCGUAUUUCCUGCCUCUUUGUGACUGACAUCAACGUACCGGAAAUUGUUGAUUUUCGCGAUAAUGUUACGUUAUCAUGCAGUUAUGAUAUGAGUGGACACACAUUGAAUUCAGUGAAAUGGUAUAAGGAUAAAAUGGAAUUUUUCAGAUACUCGCCAAUGAUGCAUCCGGUGUACAUGAAAUUCCCCGUCACUGGCAUUCAAGUGCAAGAUGGCAAAUACUUCUGCAACGAAUCGACGUGUCGCAUUGAAUUGAGUCUACUCGGCGCCAAAUCCACUGGAGCAUACAAGUGCGAGGUUUCUGGUGAUGCGCCACUUUUCAAAUUGGCAGAUAAGGCGGACAAUAUGACUGUAGCAGCGCUACCUCAGAGUGACCCAUUGAUCGAGAGUUUCAAUUCAAUGUAUCGCAUGGAGGAAUUGCUCAGCGCCACUUGCACCUCGGACUAUUCAAGUUUGCCAACGCGCCUGACCUGGUACAUCAAUGGUGAGCAGGCUUCUCUGGGUGAGCUGCAGCCCAGCAUCGACACCAGCAUUCCAGCGCACGAUUAUAUCCUGCGUCGCCAAAAGCUUCAGGUGCGCUUCUACUUGAGCGGCCCACGCUUCUAUCAUGCAGGAAAAAUUCUGGAGCUGAAGUGUGUGGCGGAAAUUGAAAAUUUUCCGGAACUAAAGCGCGAAACAUCGUUGAAUGCUGCGCUUAUCCACUAUGACAACUUGAACAAUCAGAUGCUGAUACAUGCGGGCAGCGGAGCGAGUGGCAGUGCGAGUGCUUUCACGCAUCACAGCUCCCGUAAAAGUAUUCCUCUUUUAUUUGUGAUAUAUCUACUUCUCUCCAGCGCGUUGUCUUUCUUAUGAUCUGCCUGCAAUGCACACGCAAUCAACCAGAAACAACAAUGCAACAGGCGACAGAAAAUGCAAUUGGCAGAGCCAGCAACAGCUGUGGCAGUGUGGCAAUUGAGAAAAGCAUCCAUGACGGUAGCCACAGCUGCGUCUACUAUAUCACAUUAGUUAGUUAGAUUUAACGAAUUAUGAUGUAAAUAAAAAUAUGAAGCAGAGUAAGUAAUAAACAACAAAUUAUGAAAAAAAACAAAAAAAAACAGUAAAAAUAAGAAAGAAAAAAAUUAAAUUAAUUAAAAAAGAAAACUAAUUUAAAAGUCAUCAAACCAGCAGUAAUGCAUGCAUAAAUACAGCUAAGUAAUUAAAUUAUCACUGUAAAUUGAGGUGUGUGAGAAAUGCAAAUUUCAAAGGCACUGCAAAGCCAUUUGCGUUCCAGUGUAAAAAUGAGAAUUGCAUUGCACUUUUGGAAGCAUAAAAUGCCCGGAAUGGAAAACUUGCUUUCAUUGCGGCUGCAACUUAAAACGUGAAUUGAGUUUAACUUGAAAAUUUGUUGUGACUAAUUUCAAAUGUAAAAACAAAACUAAUAAAUUUAAGCAUAGUUCAAGGCGCUUAGUUACUCAUGCGCGGCUACGCACUCAAAGUGCGCUGGCGUUAGGCAAGUGCUUUACAACUAAUUGUAAUUUUUGAAUGUACAUACGUAUGUAUAUUUUUUCAUAAUAUUUUACAAGUAAGUUUGCUAUUGAGUUGGGUUCGUGUAUUUUAUAAAUUAAAAAAAAAAAAAAACAAAAAAAAAACCAAUUACCAGAUAUAUUCAGGUAAGGCACCACUACAACGUAUUGACUAAUAAUAUAAUUUUAAUCGUCACAUAUGCCAACAUAACUACUCACUAAAAUUUAAUUGCAAACACAUAUACAUAAUUAUGUAUAUAUAAAAUAUAUUUUUCUAAAGGCAAUAAAUGUUGUUGAUGAUUCAGCACCUACACAUACGACACUCGGGAUGCACAAGCAACGAAACGAUUUAUUUGGAAUUUGAAUUAUUAUUAUAAUUAUUUUGUUUUGUUUUUUUUUCGAGAAAGCUUCUACUGAGUUGAAAAUUAAAGAUAAAAAUUAGGUGCGUAACUAAGUUCUAGCUCUUUUUUGAUGAAAAUACAACUUUAUUCUAAAAAAAUAGUUACAAGUGAAUCAUUUAAAGUA